AUGGAGAAACAAAGCGUGAAUAACACCGAUCGGGCAAACCAUGAGCAAUCUAUCUUUCGCCCUGAACCCGAGUUUACUCGCUAUAUCCCCGGAAGAUUCUCACCGUCGAGAUGUAUGAAAUUACAGGGCAAAUCGAUGACAUAUGCAAUCUUUCUCUUCGCCGGAUGCGCAAUUCUAUUCUUCGGCUAUGACACCGCAGUAAUGAGCCAAGUAAACAACAAUGCAGAUUACAUGCAGCGGAUGGGGGUUGCCCGUUGUAGCGACAGAGACGCUGCCGCCAUUAGCGGGCUCGUUAGUCUUUGGUUUGGAGGAUUUGCCAUCGGUGCAUUACUUAUCGGAUACGUCGCUGACUCGAUUGGACGACUGAAAACAAUCCUGUUGGGAUGUCAUUGGGGAAUCCUCGGGGCGGCCUUGUUGGCUUCGGCUACCAAUAUCACUUGGUUUGCUUUCGCGCGAGUCGGAUGUGGUCAUUUGAAUACAAUGGUACCUGUGUGGACGUCAGAGUUGGCAGACCCCCAUUCACGAGGCGCCUUUGUCGCUGUUCAGUUCACCUUAGCGAUGGUUGGAUCCAAAAUAUGA